AGAAAAACAUUUUUCAAAAUAACUGCUAGGGUGCCAACAAUUGUAAUCUUUACCCCAUUUUUUGCACUUUAGCAAAGACAUGAUGAGCAAUUAUCAUGAACUGAGCGGAGUGAAUAAGGCGCUGAUCAGCGGCUACAACAUCAAGGCCCAGAACUACAACGAGGGCAUUGAAACGAUGAAACGAAUCAACCAAAUCAUCCAAAAGGCGUCCAGGCUAAGAGUUGGACAACAUUCGGCAGUUAUGAUUAAUCAUUGCAGAAACGCCAUCAAGAACAACAACAUUGAAGGCCUAAUUAAGAUAAUUCGCACUGGGGAACUGUAGACUUUGAGUCCCAGCUCCAGAUAGAUGACUUAGUUAAUUGGCUAAAAACAAUAAAGUGAAAAAUCUUAUCCGUAUGCACAUACGGCAUGUUAUUGCUGCACCUAAUUAACAUCAGAGUGCGGUUUAAGUACACAGAAACAGAAGAAAGUGGGCCAAGGGCCCGCGCUGCGGCCCCAAAGGAAAAUAAAUAAUUGCUCAUAUCAAA